CAGUGAAGUAGACAUCAGAUAAUUCAUGUGCUCCACGUGCGGACAUUUUGCGGAGAUUGGCGCAGAAGAGUACGGGACGUCUGUGUGAUAGAGAUUCGUGAGAAGGGUUCAGUUUUCUUGUCACAUGGUUCGUCUAGAUGUGCGCGAGCAAUUUUGCUCUGAAGAUUAAAUUCUUGCCUGCUGUUUAGGGGGCAACGAUGUUUCAGGUGGAGCGCUGGCUGGGAGGAGAAAGUCGGAAGCGUGGUUCUCCAUUACUAUUAGAUCGUUUGAAUGCCAGAGCUCGGGAGCGGGCUGCUCUGCUUCCGCUUAGAGAGAAAGCGGAAGGUUCUUCUCCAGGUAACAGGGAGAACGUCUCGAACAAGGAUUCUGAUCCUGCACUGAGUAGAGAUGAAAGCAAGGAGGGAGCCUCAGAGGUUGUGGUUGAGGAAGAAUCUAAUGCAGUGAGCGAAUUGAACCUCAUACUAGGCGAAAAAAGCGAAAGCAACACCAGGAACACAAGGCAGAAUUGGCAACCUUGAUGGACCACGAAGCUCCUGAUUCUGCUGUAAAGAUCAAAAAGCACAAGAAGCUGAAAGUCUCGGAUACGACUGAAGAACAUGUAUUUCCUCUGGAAGCUCCUGCUUCUCCUGGAACGGAAGAACAGGAAAGGAAGGUGAACGAUACUUUAACAAGUGAAGAUAAUAUAGAGCGAGCGGAAGAGACUUCUGCAGCCGACAUCGACAGAAGUGUCCCGGAGCUGGUUGAAUUUCAAGUGUCCAAUUUGGAGAAGAAACGAAAGAAAGAAAAGACGUUGAAGAUACGAAGAGGGGGCAAUCUGGAACCAAGUGAUGAACUAGUUAACGCAAGAGGCGUAUCUGGAGAAAUGGUGGCCCUUGGAAACAGAUCAAUGAAGAGGAGCCUAACAGUAAGUCCCUAGGGGUUCCGGAUGACGAGGAGGAGCAUGUAAUUACAGAGAACACUGACGAGUUGAACGCACUCGGAGCGGACGAUACUUCUCGGAAUUUCCACAAUUGAGAGGGAUGUGGAUAGAAUCAUGGGUCGUGAUGUUAUUUUGGUUCCAGCAGAGUCGCAAGACCACGGGCCGGUGUUGCCAUGGAUGCGUGAUCCGCUUGAUAUUGAUACCUACAAGGCCACCUCCCUGAGACAAGUGCCUGGCUUGGACACCAGGUAGCCUUGCCGUCCGUCCGUUUGUAAUCAUCAUCUAUCUGCCCAGCACUUGAAGUUUGUCUCGAUGUCCAGCCGAUGAUUCUUGGUGCGUUUCGAGUUACAUUGCAGACUUCAAGAUGCUUUCGAAGGCAGGAAUACAGUCGUUGUUUCCAGUACAGAUGGCCGUGUGGCACGAGACUGUGGGCCCUGGUUUAAGCGAGCGAGACGUCUGUGUCAGCUCGCCAACAGGCAGUGGCAAAACACUAUCUUACGCAUUACCCAUCGUCCAAAAGUUAUCGUCUCGGGUGAUUCGUCUUCUUCGAGUUCUCGUAGUGCUCCAGGGAUCUAGCUGCGCAGGUUAAAGCAGUCUUUGACACCAUCGCACCAGCAGUUGGUCUCUCAGUGGGACUAUCUGUGGGACAAACGUCAAUUGUAGCUGAAGCGGCUGAAUUGGUUCAGAUUCGUAAGUCGAUGGUCCACAGUUUUGGAAAAUUUGAGGCUGCAACUCCCGACCUUGCCGAAAACCAGGAUGACAUACUUGUUGCAACUCCAGGGCGCUUGAUGGACCAUAUUCGAAAUACGAAAGGGUUCACUCUUCAGCACCUAUAAUUUCUCGUGAGUUUUUUCCGUGGUGAAAGAGGAAAUAGAGGCACUGCACUCCCACGAUUGAUGAAGAUGGUGUUAUCGGCUACCUUGACGAGAGAUCCAGCAAAAAUUGCACAACUUGGUCUUCUCUGCCCCAUAUAUGUGGCGCCUGGUGCUGCUGGCAACCGGUAUCAACUACCAGAACAACUUAAGUCUUACAGGAUGGUCUGCAAACCGGGAGAGAAGCCCUUAUAUUUGGUAGCACUCUUACAACAGCUUUGCAGCCAAACAACCAUUGUUUUCACUGCUUCUGUAGUGGCUACUCAUCGACUAUAUACUCUGCUAAAAUGCUACUAAGGAUUGUCAAGGUGGUUGAGUACUCAAGCUUGCAGCAUCAACAACCCCGCAGUAAAGCGUUGGCAAAAUUCCGGAAUGGCAAGGCACAAGUGCUCAUUGCCUCAGAUGCGAUGACAAGGGGUGUGGAUGUGGAAGGUGUUGCAGACGUUGUCAAUUAUGAUAUGCCUAUGUACGCAAAGACCUACGUCCAUCGUGUUGGGCGCACUCCUCGAGCCGGACAGCCUGGGAGCUCUUAUACUCUUCUUCGGAAGGAGGAGGUACGACACUUCAAACAGAUGUUGAAGAAAGUGGACAAUAGCAAGUGCAAGGACUAUUCACUGCCGUCAUCUGUCACCGAAGAGCUUUAUGAGUCUUACACUGAAGGUACGCCUCUGGAGAAACUGAAGCAGAUAACAGCAGACGAGGCAGCAUCAAUUUCACAUGGCAGUCAGACGCAGACAGAAGGGGAAAAUAAAGUUACUGGGCCGGACGAGCUUUUCAAAUGACCACGAGAUAUCACUCAGCGUUUGGAGUACGAUGAUAUAUUUAUCCCUAACUUCUGUCCAAUUGAAGAAACACUGUGUGAACAAUACGAAGAGCUGGUUGCUGAUCGGAUUCAUAUCAGUACUUUUAGUGUGCAAUCCUAGUUCAGGAUUAGAAUAAUUCGGUUUCGUCUCCACAUUAAUUCACCUGUGAGUCGAGUAGCUGGGUUCCUGAGGAAGGUUCCGGGAGGUUCGCCUUCAUGUAUUCUUCAAGUUCGCAGCUUAGGCCCGAAAGACCGCAUGUAGGAGAAAAUUGCCACCCUCUGAGUUCUCUGUUGAAUACUUUGUUGUCCUGUACAACUUUUACAUGAGACGAGAUAAGCUCAGUGCACUUCCAGGCAGUAGAGAGCGGCUAGUUCUUGUCUGGCAUCUACAUGGGAGUCGUCUAUUAUCGUCUCAGGAUCUUGGAUAUAUAUCUUAGACCUGAGGCUUGCCGAGAUAUGACAGGUAACAGGUUGUCGAGGUAGACGAAAACAAUUUUACAGAUGUCUGACAUACAGAUACUCCUCAGAUCCACAACGCGACGAAGCAACGCUCUCAGUCACAUCAGUACGAUCUGUCCUCAGUACUACACAGAUUGCCUAUGUCGUCGCGGUCCACGUAGCCCACAUAGGGCUACUCUUGAGAUUUACGAAAUAAACUAACCAAUUUGAUGGACUGCAAACAAGACCAUUAAGACGAACUAGUUACUCAAGCUGUGCGGAAAUGGUGUCUUCCAAGGCUAGUCACCAUUCACGGUCGGGUAAAGUACAGUUUCGAGGUGAUUCAACAUAUCCAAUUCUGUGAGUUGGGAGUCCCAACUCACAGAAUUUCGUUUAGUCCCAACUUGGGACAAAACGAGAUAGUUUUAGAAGGCAAACAAUUGGAAGUCUCUCUGUCACUUGGCGCCGUGAAGCAGAACUUUGGGGGAGCUAUGGGAUACCCAGCCUAAGCCUCACUUUCAUACGUUGCUCCAAAAUUGGGAAGGAUAUGGCCGAGCUGUGGCAGAGGAACAAGACAGGGCACAUCGUGUGGCAUCGGCAGCAGACGGACCCAUUGAUCGCUGGUAGCGAGUGCACGCGUGGUGUCCGAAAAGCGACCCGUUGCCGAUCUCGCGCCCUCCACGAAGACGGCAGGACACGAGCGAGCAUCAGGGUAAAACACGAAGGCGCAGUCCACUGUCGACAAGCGACGGUGGGCAUUUUUACCUCGUCCCAGGUGUCACAAGGGCUGGAGGCACGACCUCAAAGGGCAUGCCCCGGGCGAGUCUCGUUUGCAUUUUUCC